AUGAAGGCAGGAGAAGAGAAGAAGGUGCUGAGAUUGAAGAAAGCACUUUACGGGUUGAAGCAAGCACCACGGGCAUGGAAUGCUCGUAUUGACAAAUAUUUCAAGGAGAAUGGACUUGAACAAUGUCCAUAUGAACACGCUGUUUAUGUUAAGAAAAAUAGAGGAGACUUGUUAAUUGUAGCUCUUUAUGUUGACGAUCUCAUUUUUAUGGGAAACAAUGCCAAGAUGAUACAAGAGUUCAAGAGCACAAUGACAAGAGAAUUCGAAAUGACAGAUCUUGGUCUGAUGAAAUAUUUUCUUGGUCUGGAAGUCAGACAAGACAACUCGGGUAUCUUUGUCUCUCAAGAGGCAUAUGCAAAGGAGAUUCUCAAAAGAUUUAAGAUGGCAGAUUGCAAGCCGGUUUCAACUCCUAUGGAACCCGGUUCAAAACUCUCAAAGUAUGAUGGUGGAGAUCUAGUUGAUGCAAGCAAAUACAGAAGCUUGGUGGGAAGCCUACGCUAUCUCACAUGCACGAGGCCGGAUAUCUCGUUGAGUGUCGACGUAGUAAGUCGGUUCAUGGAGGAGCCAAGAUACACACAUUGGAAGGCGGUAAAGAGAAUUUUGAGGUAUGUUCAAGGUACAAUUUCACACGGGUUACACUACCCGAGUUCAGCAAAACACAAGUUGAUUCGAUACUCUGACAGUGAUUGGUGUGGAGACGUAGAUGAUCGAAAGAGCACGGCUGGUUAUGUGUUUUUCAUGGGCAACACGACAUUCACUUGGAUUUCGAAGAAGCAACCCAUUGUAACCUUGUCUACCUGUGAAGCUGAAUAUGUAGCAGCAUCUUGGUGUGUUUGUCAUGCAGUAUGGCUUAGGAAUUUACUAAGCAAGUUGGAGGAAAAACAAGUCGGCCAAACCGAGAUUCGAGUUGAUAACAAGUCGGCUAUAGAGUUAGCCAAGAACCCGGUGAAUCAUGAGAGAAGCAAGCAUAUUGACGUCCGAUUUCACUUCAUCCGGGAUCAAGUAAAGGAAGGAAAUGUGGAGUUAACACAUGUGACCAGUCAAGAGCAAGUCGGGGACAUUUUCACAAAGCCACUGCCGACGUUGCUGCUCAACAAUUGCAAGAAGAUGCUUGGGAUGAAAGAUGGAAGAAGCAUUUAA